UUAUUAGCUCAGCCCAUCUGCAUCCAGCUUCUCUUCAGCUAUUACUGAUAGAAAUGACAGUGGAAUCAGAAGAGUCACUCUUAUCUGCGGGCACUGAUAGUUCUGCAGAGAAAAAGGCAGAUUCCAUAGACAGUAGACCAGUAACAUGCUGCCAUCCUAACCACUGGCCAUACUUGAUUACACUCCUUUUCCUUACCUGCUACGUGGAGUUAAUAUGUUAUUACUGCUGUGAUAGUCCAGGAGGACUGGAGGACACUAUCAUCAAAGUAAUGGGCAUUGAUACCACACAAUAUAACCUGCUCUUUCUUGUGACUACAUGGCCUAACAUAGUCAUAUCAGUGAUAGGAGGAGUAAUAGCAGAUAGGAUAUUAGGACCGAGAUCAAGCUUUAUGGUAAUGACACUUCUUUUAUUGCUUGGUCAGCUCGUUUGGUCGGUUGGAAGUUUUUUGAAUUAUUUUUGGGUUGUGUUGUUUGGUCGGUUCAUUAUAGGGAUAGCAGCCACUCUAUCUCCUGCAAUCUGUACGAUGUUCUUCAUCAGUUGGUUUGGUAAAGAAUAUCUAACUCUAGCAGUCUCUACUGGGGGGACUGCAGCUCGACUUGGAGCUGCAGCAGCUCUGGCUCUGCCUCAAUUCAUUUAUCAGCAAUUAUAUUAUUUUACUGAUCCGUUGUAUCGCCUUGGUGCUACAGUGCUAGUAGGUGCAGGGCUUGUAUUAACAGGAUUAAUGGCAACCAUAGUUGUAGUACUCAUGGAUAAAUAUAGAGAAAAAGUACUGCAGAAAAAGAAAAUGGAGAUGAGCAAAAUCGAAUGUAGCGACUUGAAACAAUUCGACGGAUUAUUCUGGCUAGCAACCAGCAUUACGCUUUACUAUUCACUUGUAAAUGCAUUCACUGGUAUUGGACAAGUUUUCUACAUACAGAAGUAUGGUUUAUCACUAGAGGAAGCAAGCAUUGCAAAUUCAUUUGUAUUUAGUGCUACUAUGCUAGCUACUCCUAUAAUGGGCUGUAUUGUGAAUGCAACUGGACACCACAUACUAUGGACUAUGGUAGCCGUUAGCAGUGGACUAUUAGUGCAUGUGGUACUACUAUUCAGUAAUCCAGGGCUACACUACAUGCCUUAUGUCACUAGUAUCUUAUAUUCAGUAUCUUAUACUAUAAUGACACCUGCUUAUUGGGGUAUCCCUGGACUCAUUGUGGAAGGAAAUCAGAUAGCGACUGCAUAUGGUAUAAUUGGAAGCUCUUUUAAUCUGUUCUGGGGUCUACUGUCAAUAAUCUCAGGCUUCAUCAUUGAUAAGAAUGGUUACUUUGUGUUAGAGGCAAUGUACUCAUUGCUGUCAUUUCUAGUACUAAUGAUAUCAGUGUUAGUGUUAAUGGUUGAUUUCGUAUCAGUGAGAUCAGUGGUGAAUGCACCCGGUACAUGGAACUGCUUGCAUAAAAUUAACGAAAAAGACUGAUUCAUUUUAUUGAAAUGACUUGAUUUUCUUUUAUUCAAUCAUUAUGC